AUGUUUUUACAAUGUACAGUUAUGAUAAUUAAUUUCAUCUUAAUCCGAGAUAGUAUAGUGGUUAGUAUUCCUGCCUGUCACGCAGGAGACCCGGGUUCAAUUCCCGGUCUCGGAGCUUUUUAUAUUUUUAUUGUUUUAGAACAUAAUUUUAAAAUUAACUAAUUAAGAAAUUCUACUAAUCGCUUAAACAUAAAAAAAAUAAUAAUAAGAAAUAAAAUAUUUUAAGCUCUCAGCGACUGGGAGAGUAUUAGUACUUAAUGGAUUAUCUAGAUAUAAAAGCAGAAGCUCCAUAAUUAAGUGAGUCCAAAUAAAAUGAUAGUAGAGUUAAAUUUUCAAAAUAUAGCCUUAAAUACAUUAAUAACAGCAGACAUACUUAAAAAACAGAGCUCAAAAAUCAUAAAAAAUAAUCCGAAGGCUCAUUACCUUAUUUGUUCAUUUAGAUAUGCUGAUUAUGGUUUGUGUGAUCCUACUUUCAGUUUAUUACAAAAUGCUAACGAGUUGUAUGUAGAUUUAUUCUUUCAUAGAGUUACUUUUGAAUUAGAUAAGAUGACUCCGCAUGAUCAGAUGCUUUCAUGGAUAAAUUUUAACUCAGGAUUUUUUCUAAAAUCUGUUUACAACACUUACAAAAAUAGCUUAAUAGACGUAGAACUUUUAUACACAGCUGCAAAUUCCACCUUAAUGUAUUUUGCACCUGCAGUAUAGGCAAAUUUUUCAGCAGCUACAUAUUAGACAUGUAUGGGAAAUUCUUACAUAGAACCAUUUGACCCCAGAUGUAGAGGAUGGUAUAAAUCUGCUUUGAAAAAUGAAGGAAAGCUUUACUUUUAAUAGCCUUAUGUUGAUGCUCUAAGUGGCAGUGUUUUGAUGACUUCCUCUAUCGAAUUAACACUAAAUGAUACUACUAAAAUGGUCUUUGGAAUGGACUUUGGUAUUACAAAUAUGAUACAAAAUAUAUUUACUCCCUAAGACACUGGUUCAGAUGGAUACACUGUUAUAUUUCAUCAAAAUAAUCACACAAUUUUUCACCACAAGCUCUACGAUGUUAAAACAGGGCUUUUGCUAAGUUGGGAAGAUGUUGAGUUUAAUGCUACUAGAGGAGAUAUCUUCACUCCUUAACAAAAGACAGAAUUUACCAGCUAAGUUAAUAAUAGUAUUUAUUUUAUAGAGAAUGGAAGCUAUGAUAUUCUUAAUUUCAUAAAUGUUGACUCAUUCUAUCAAAGAUGGGAAAAAGGAGAUAAUAAAUAUUUUAGUCUCACCUAUCCUGCAACAAUUACUAUGCCAUAUAAUUUUUAAAAUUCUGACUAAUUUUCUAUAAAUAUUUUAAUGCUUGGGAGAGUUAGUAAAGAUAUCACUGAUUUAAUUAAAUUAGUUAAUCUCAACUAAAAUCCUUUCUUUUUACUAUCAAUAAUAAUAGAAACAAUUGUUAUGAUUUUAAUUAUUAUAUUAUUUGUCUUGCAUUAUGGAGCUCUCCAAUACAAUUAAGUUGAAAUUCCUAUAACUAUUUUGACUUAGUUUUUGUAACAAAACUACCAAGAGCAGGAAUAGAAUAUAAAAUAGGCUUAUAAGGGGGAAGAAUCAAAGGCUAAUGAAAAUAAGUACAUUAAAAAAAGUAGAUUCUAUGUUGAAGGUGGUGAAACUACUAAAAAAUUUUAAGAAUUUAAUACUUCAUAAAAAUUACAAUUUGAUGAUUUAUGUGAAAAUCAAUAUUCAGACAAUCUAACUGAUAAUUUAAGAUCUAGGGUUAAUUCUUAAUUUUAUUUUAAUUAAUACACGGAAAACUAAAGAUCUAGAGUAGAUUCGUAAUUCAGGAUAAAUCAGUAUAAAAACGUAGGAAGUGUUAAAGAUAGAAAUUUAUCAAAAAGGUUAGUUCAAUAGCCUAACAAAAGUGGAUUAAGAUUAAAAAAUGACUCAUAAGACAUAAAAGAUAAUUAUGCAGAUAUUAAAGAAAGCUUUAAUGAAUACCUUUCUAAUUCAGAUACAAGUGUUUUAAAAAAGCAAAGUAAUAAGCUUGAAAGCUAAACCAUUAAAGAAAGUCAUAAAGUGGAACUGAAAAAAAUUGAUCCUAUGUUCUUGGAGAUGUCUAUUAUCCUUGAAACUUUUUAAAAAUUAGAGAGUGUGAUAUAAUAUGCAAUCAGCGAGUAAAAUAAAGGUUCUGUAGUAAACUCUCUAAUGCGCUUUUCAAAUGCAAAGAGAACAUUUUCUAUGAUUUAAAAUAAUAUUGGCCUAGGAAUGUGCUACUUUAAUAUUGCUUAGCUUCAUUUGCAGUCAGACAGAUAUGAAGAAGCUAUAGAGAAUUUGUUUGCAUCGAUUGAAUGCACCUUAUAAGAAAUGAAUUUAUCUUCUCUUUAGGAGCUAACUUAUAAAAUAUAUCAAGGCAAUUUAAAAUCAUAAGUUUACAAUCUUCGGAUAUUAUCAAAGCGACUACUUGGAUUGGCUCUUGUGCUAAAGGAAAGCUACAAAAAAAGAAUAAACUACAACUAUUACAUCUCUUUAUCUGAUGAUAAAAGCCAGUUAUAUGAAUCUAUUAAAUAUAUUCAAAUAUGUUUGUAAAUUGUUAAUGUUACUUACUAAAGCAGAAAUCUUUAAAAAUAUGCUUUGUUUGUAGAAUUAGCUGAAAAUUAUCUUUUGAUUAAUGAUUAUGAUAGCUGCGUAUAUUAUUUGAGUAUUUCUGAAGUCUUUAUACAAAACAAUUAAGAUGCCUUUCCAACUAAGGAAAUUAGGAGGACUGCAUCUCCAGUCUCCCCUAAUACAUUUAGGAAAAAUUUUAGCGAAGAAAAUUAAGCAGAUUCAAUAAUGGAAGACAGUCAAAAUUUAUUUAGAACAAAUACUUAGCACUCUCCUAUUUAACUUGGUAAUUACUAAGCUUAAACGAGUAAUUUUUAAUAGCUUAGUAAUUAAUGCAAUUCAGAAAAAUAAACUAAUAACUCUCUCCCUGACUGCAUAAAUUAUAUUAAUGUAACCAUUUUAUAAAGUAAGAUUUAAUUUAUACAAGGUAUACUAACUUGUAAAGAAUCUUACUUCUAUCUAGGGUCUAGUCUACUAUUGCAAACAAUAGAAAACUACAGCAUCUGUGAUCCAACUAUAAUUUACUCAUCCAUGGUAUCACUUUAGUAAGUAUUUUAAGCAAAUGAUUUAGAUUGUCAAGCAUUACAGAAUUAGUUGAAUUUGAUUAAGCUAAUUUCUUAUUAAGAGAAUCAAGGUAACUAACAAGAGAGUAAAUUAUCUAAUGACAACUAAGGAUUAGGCGUAGAAGAAAAUGCAUGUAAAUAAUAAGGCGAUAUACGAUUCGAUAUUGUUGUUGUCAUCAAUAAUCCUUAAAAUUUAAAAACUGAGAAUAUCUCUACUUAGAUUAAUUUUUUAAAAUAUCUGAAUCAAAAAUUUAUAACUCCAAAGAAAGACAGAGUUAGUAUUAUCACUUAUAAUAGUGUCUUAAAAAUAAUAUAGCCGUUAGUCAUUAUAGAAAAUAAAAAGUAACUCAAUUUUUGUAUUUAUUAGAUUAAAAAUGACUAUGACAAGCUAAUUUAUUAGCAAUAUUCUGGAGUUCUUUAACCAAAUUCUAAUUAAUACUUUAUUGAUCCUAAAAUUGCAUUUAUAGCAGCCCUGAAUUUUUUCCGCAAAGAAAGAGCUACAAAAUAUCUAAAGUCAUAACAAUUAAUGUAAAAAGAGUAAUAAUUAGAUAUUGUCUUAAAUAAUCCAGCUUUUAAAAAAUAUCUAAAGCUAAAAUUAUAACCAUUAAUAGUCUAAUUCAAAUAAAAACUUUUACAAAAAUUAAACUAAGGAAGCUAAAUAUCAAAAAAAUAAUUAACAGAAUCCAACUUGAUAAGCCUAUAGACAGAAUCUGCUGCAAGCUAACCCAAUAAAUCCUAAAAAUUAAAAAUGAGUUUCUUUAAAUUACCAGAAAAUGAAAAUAAUUCUUUCUCUUUUUUACAUAAAGACAAUGAGUAAAAUGUAUAACAAGAAAUUAAAUAAAAUAAAAAUUAAUUAUAAAUCUUAGCAAAUGAUGAAUCAAAAGAAAUUGAAAAACUUUAUAGAAAAUAAUAAGCUAAUUAUUAAAUUUAACUUUCAUAUAAUUAAGCAAAUUACGAUAAUAAUCCAAACAUAAUGAGUAAUCUUAAAGAUAACUAAUAAACUUAGCCAUAAUUUUAGCAGCUUAAAAUUUCUAAUUCUCCACAUAAUCAAAAGUAAAAAAGUUCUUAAUUUGAUUAUCUGAUUGCUUGUUCAAAAUAAUCUAUUUAGGAAAUAAGUAAGAAAUCUUAAAACUAUGACGCAUAAAACAAUUAAAGUUAUAAUAUUGAAGAAACCUUGUUAGAGUCAUCUGAGAUCUAAAAUGAUUAAAUUAAUGAAACAUUUAUGAACCACUUUGAAUAAUCUUUAUUUAAAUCAAUAAAAAUUUAAAAUAUUAAUAAAUAAAAUUCUUAAAACAAACACCAAAAUGAAAAAUUUAAUCAAGAUGCUUCUUAAAAAGAUAGAAAAUAAUUAAUUGUCUUCUUUUCAUUUAAUGAAUUAAAAGAUUCUAUGAAAAAUUAAAUAUUUGAGAAGAUUUCAUUCACAGAUGAUAUAGAAAUACUACAUUGCUGUAUAUAGAAAUAAUCCAACUCUUAGGAAGCUGAAAACUUUUCAGAACUACUUAAAAGCCAUGAAAAUAAAAUAAACUACAAAAAUGUAAACUUGAAUUACAAAAUAUUUUAAGAUUUACAAUCUCUAAUAAAUCAUAUAUAAAAAUUAAAAAUAUCUAAAUUUUACAAAUAUUAAUUACUUUCAAGUUAUCUUGGCUAGAGUUUUUGA